AUGGAAAGAGAAUCACUUUAUGAGGCCUGGAAAAGAUAUAAAGCCUUGAUUAGGAAGUGUCCACCGGAGAUGUUUAAUGAAUGGGAUAGACUUCAAAAUUUCUAUGAGGGAUUGACUUUAAAAGCUCAAGAGGCCUUGGAUUACUCUGCUGGAGGAUCAGUACAGCUAAUGAAGACAGCUGAGGAAGCUCAGAACCUCAUAGACAUUGUGGCAAAUAACCAAUACUUCUAUGCUCAUCAAAGGCAAUGCCAACCAGCUCAAAGGAAGGGUGUAUUAGAGCUAGAAGGUGUAGAUACUAUUUUGGCACAAAACAAGGUAAUGCAUCAACAGAUUCAACAACAAAUGGAGAUGAUGGCCAAGAGGAUUGAUGGUCUUCAAGUAGCUGCAAUGAACACAACAACUCAACCAUCACCUACAUGGGGACAAAAUGAAGAGAGCUAUGAAGAGCAACAGCCUGAGCAAGUCCAAUACAUGCAUAACCAAGGAACUGGACAACAUGAGUUCCUUGGAGAUACCUACAACCCAUCCUGGGGGAACCACCCAAAUUUGAGAUGGGGAGACAACCAAAACCAACAGCCUUGGCAGAGAAACUCAAACCAGAACAAUUCUAGAAACACAAACCAUCAAAACCAUCAAAACACUAACCAAAACCAAUACAGAAAACAAAAAAAUAACCAACCCUCAUCCAACUACUAUCCACCCAAUAACCCCUUAGUUAACCAAAAUAACUUUCACCCACCAUCCACAUCCUACAAUCAACCACAACCACCUCAAGAAUCCCAAAGGAUUUCCAACUUGGAGAUAAUGAUGGAAAAGAUGAUGAAACAUAUAACGACCCAACUUCCAGUACGUCAUGAUCGUACCAAAAAUAAGAAGUUACUAACCUAUUUCUUUUAUUAA